AUGCACUUUGAGGAAGGCUCUAUCGAAAUAAAACUGCAGAGAUAUUUAAUGGCCUAUCGAAGAGCUCCACAUAGUACUACAGGACAAUCUCCUUCACAUCUCUUUAUUGGACGUCAAAUUCGAUCAAGACUUGACUUAUUGUAUCCUGAUUUGUCACAAAAAAUGAACCAGAAGUUUGACACAGACUGUGACAGGCAAAAGUCCUUUAAAGCUCAAGACCGUGACAGGCAAAAGUCCUUUAAAGCUCAAGACCGUGACAGGCAAAAGUCCUUUAAAGCUCAAGACCGUGACAGGCAAAAGUCCUUUAAAGCUCAAGACCCUGUCGCCUACCGCCUCUAUGGAACCUGCAACAAAUGGGGGUUUGGAAAGAUCAACAAAAAAGAAGGACCAAGAAAUUAUGAAAUAACCACAAGCAGUGGCCCAAUCAGACGACAUCAAGACCAAAUUAGACGCUCAGGGAGGGACUUGUGUGAAUUUUCAUUAAGGAAUGAGCAAAAUCAAGUAUUCAUACCAACAAAUUUUGGAGAAGUCAGAGAGGAACCAACCGAAAACCACGCAACAAAUUAUCACAACAUUAAUCCAGAGGCCAAUGAUCCCAACAUACCAGAUGAUCCAGAGACCAGUAACAACAUGUCAGAUGUUCCAGUGGCACCAGAGACCAGUAACAACAUGUCAGAUGUUCCAGUGGCACCAGAGACCAGUAACAACAUGUCAGAUGUUCCAGUGGCACCAGCUUCCGCUAUGACAGUGAGACGAUCAAAACGGACACAUAAACCCGUCGAUAGACUUAACUUAUGA